UAAAAUUAUAAAAUAAAAGCAGCAAUAAAAAUACAGUUGAAGGACGAUGGAUAACAAGCUGUAUUGUUGCACGAACUGCUACCGUCGUUGUGGAUGGGAUGAUCUGUCGGCACAGGAACAUCGCUGCUUAAAGUGCCGUCUGCCCGCCAAGUCCUGCGCUAUAUGUGACAAGCGUUUUGAGCCCCGAUCCGAACAGGCGGUCUACUGCAAGCGCUGUGACUUCAACUUGCUCAGACAUGCGCCAGUUCUCCCACCAGACAUGACAGGGCAGUGUAAUUCGCAUAAAUAUAGAGAAUAACUCCGAUGAUCACGAAAAAAUGGUACUGGAAGUUGCCGGAAGCAUGUUAAGGUUAUAACUGAUUAAAAAAGUGAAAAUAAGUAAGAACACAUACAAAAUAAAAAUAUAUGAAAAGCG